CCAUCCCAAAAUUCCGUACGCAAAUUCGCCGAGCAGAACGUUCCAGAAUAGCCUCGUUGAAUCUCGUGCGAGGCCUUGAGCUGCGGCUAGCGCCAUUUCUACGAAAAGCAAAAAGCAAAAGGCCUGCAUCUCCCCCGUAAUUCAAAAUCUUCAGGAAGCUUCUUCUAAGAACGCACAGAUCCACGUCCACCUUCGUCUUUGGUGUUCAAAUUUGGCGUGCGCUUGUUCAAAUCAUCAGAUAUUGUAAUCUUGGUGAUCGGGCAGAUUGGAAGAAGCUUUCCUUUAUUGGGUUCGCGAUGGAGAAUGGAGCAGUUUCUUCCGAGACUCAACAGGGGGCGUCUUACACCUACUGGGUCAGAGAGACGCGAGAGGAUGCGGCUCCACUUCCUGUCCCUCGUAAGCUCUCGGCUGACGACAUUAUUGCUUCUCAAGCUUCUCAGCCUCCCACCCUUGGCUCCGUCUGGAAUCGGGCUGGAACUUGGGAGGAGAAGAACUUGAAUAAAUGGGCGAGUGAUAGAAUGAAGGACUUGCUAAUGUCAGUAGAUUCCUUGGAGUUCUCCAGUGGUAAAGCUGAAAUAGAGGAUGUAUCGAAGUGUGUUGGGGAUGCUUUUUUGGUGACUGUCCGUAACAAGAAACGUGUUGGUUAUACAUAUGAACUCACAUUGAAAAUUAAAGGUGAGUGGACAAUUAAACAGGAGAAAAAGACAGUGAAGGGGCAUAUAGACGUCCCAGAGUUCUCAUUUGGUGAGCUAGAUGACUUGCAGAUGGAAGUGAGAUUGAGCGAAGAGAAAGAUCUUCUGGGUUCGGAUAAGCAGCAGAUUUGCCAAGAUUUCAAGCGAUUCUUGCAGCCCGUUCGUGAAAAGUUGCUUCAAUUCGAGCAGGAGCUCAAAGAAAGAUAAAAAGGUUCAUUCUUAACAUGUACCAAUUAUUUUUGUACUUCCUACGUUUGUUUGGCAAGAAUGUCUUAUUGGAUCAUAUCACAAGGGGCCAUUGAGAUGCUAAAAUUGUAAUGCAACUAAAUAACGCUUAUUUUGUUGUGGGAACUUAAUAGAUUCUUCAAUGUUUAAGGUACUUUGAGGCCCUUAGAUAUGAUGGGACUGUUAUUACUUUUAUCAGAUCCCUUGUGUGGUUCUAAGUCA